AUGCCGUACAGUCUUAAGGGCCGCAAUGUCCUCAUCACCGGUGGCUCUCGCGGCCUGGGAGCCAUGGUUGCAGAGAAGUUUGCUGCCGAGGGCUCAAAUGUGGCUAUAAACUACUAUUCAAGUGAGGCACAAGCAAAGGAGCUUGCUGCAAAGAUAGAGGCAGACCACAAGGUUAAAGCUGUCGUCAUUCGGGGAGACGUAGCCCUCCGUGCGGAUUGCGAGAAUUUGGUGAAGAAAACCAUUGAGCUCCUGGGAGGAAUCGACAUUAUCAUCUCAAACGCUGGAUGGACUAAAAUUUCUUUCUUUGGAGACUUGGACGCCCUGACGGAUGACGAAUGGGACAAGUGCUGGAAUACCAACGUGAAAGCAAACUUGCAUCUCUUCCGUGAAGCAGAGCCGACUUUCAACGCGAAUCCAGAAGGAGGGGCGUUUAUUAUCACGUCUUCGGUCGCUGGAAUCACCCCCGGUGGCAGUAGUAUGGCAUAUUCUGUUAGUAAAGCCGCGAGUAUUCACCUAAUGAAGGGCCUUGCCGCGUCCCAGGGUUCGAAAAUCCGUACAAAUGCCGUGCUUCCAGGCCUUCUGCUCACUGAAUGGGGACAGAGAUUCCCCGUUGAAGUACAGAAGGGGUAUGCUGAGAAGGCUGUCCUGAAGAGAGUGCCCGAUCUCGAGGAUUGCGCGGAUGUUUUCAUCUCUAUUGCUAAGAACUAUUCCAUGACUGGACAAGAAAUCCAACUCGGUAAGUCCUAG